AUGAGACUCAUUACAGGAGAUGAAUGCGGCCUGUUGAAGGAGUGCAUCCCCGAACUAUCUCGGAAAGAAGAGGAUCCUAACGCAAUAGUCAAACCAUUCACAACGAUGACAGAUGUGAGGAAGGAUGGUGUGCGUCGAAUUGACCCAAAGGAACAGCAAUCCCGCACUCGGGGAGUCAUUGAUAUGGUGCCUAUUGAAAUGGAUGAUGAAAAAAUUUCGGUUGCAGCAUUGAGGAGCAAUGGGUCGAUUGAAUUCUGGAAUGCUGAUGUAAAGUCAAAGCGAGACUAUGGGAAGUACAGCCUGGACUCUACAGUACAGAAUGCAUUCACAAACAUUGAAUACGAUGGGAAAGUGCGCCCCUUGGGAGUGGGAGUCUUUGAAAAGAGUACUCGUGUCUGUGCUGGGGAUAUGCUUGGAAAUAUUGCCAUCAUUAAUGCCAAGAAGGGUAAUGUUGUGAAGGAAUACAAUUGCUAUACCAAUAGCAAAGGACGCACGACUAUCUCUUAUACUCCUGGAAAUAACUUGAACACGCAACUAGCAACUGCUAUGGCAUGUGAUACAAUCAAUGGCCGUGUGGCUAUAGGCGGUCGAGAACGGGAAACUGUGCUCUUGGAUUUGGCGACUGGUGGAAUUGUGUUCAAGGCUAAGAAUUUGCCACCAGAUCCACAAACUCUGUUGCAGCAACCAGUAUGGCCCUCAUCCAUCUUGUUUUUGCAAGAUUCGAAUAUCAUGGCGGUCGGGACUGCCUACAAGCAAGUGCGAUUGUAUGACGUCCGUGAAGAUUCCCGCAUACGCCGACCGACGGCUUGUACACCCGAAGGACUGCUGGAAUACCGAAUAACUUCCCUCUGUCAAGUUGACGAGCACCGUCUGGUAGCGGCAGAUUCCGCCGGGGAGAUAUAUGAUUUGGAUAUGAGGACCAUGGAUAGAAACCUCAAACGAAAAGAUAACAACAACGUGGGACGUUUCGUCGGCCCAGCAGGAUCCGUCCGACAACUCAAGAAGCACCCCACUCUUCCUCGCAUGGCGGUCGUUGGCCUUGAUCGAAUGCUACGAGUAUACGAUACCAAAUCUCGAAAGCAGCUGGAUUGUAUAUACCUGAAACAACGCUUGAACUGUGUAUUGUUUGGAAGCCAAGACACCUGGGAACUUGGCGAGCCAGAAGAUCAUACCAUGGACAGCGAUCAAGACAUCGACCUAGACGAUGUGGUGGAAGACUACAUCGACUCGGAUGAUGAAGAAGCUAUUCGACAGAAGCAUCUGAAGGAUUUUGAGAACGCAAGUGCGUCAGAAGAUGAGAACGAUGAUGGAUCGAAAGACGAAGAAGAAGAAGAUUCACAGAGUGAGGAGGAUGACUCCGAAGAAGAAGAGGAGGAAGAAGAAGCGUCCGAAAAUGAUGAUGCAUCCGAAAGUGUAGAGGACGAUGACGAGGAUGACGAAGAAGAUUCCGAAUCAGAAGAAGGUGAUAGAAAACGAAGGGAGAAAAAACGAAGGCGUGUUACGUAA